UUACCCCACAUCCCAAUAAGUGUCCUAAGAGUUUCCUUAAAUCCAAUUUAUUCUACCAUCUUACCUGUAAUCUUAGGUACUACAACCGGUUUGAUCACUCGUACUUCAGUUUCAACUUGGUAUCCUACUUUACGUAAACCUCCAUACGAACCACCAAGAUGGGCUUUUCCAGUCGCUUGGACUUACUUAUACGCCACCAUGGGUUAUUCUUCUCAUUUAUUAACUCAAACUUAUUUAAAAUCGAUUAAUGGAUUUGAUUCAAGUUUGAUUAAUGAUUCAAACCUUUCAUUAAAAUUAUAUUUUUCUCAAUUGGUUUUUAAUUUACUUUGGACUCCAAUCUUCUUUGGUAAAAGAAACGUUGGACUUGGAUUGAUUGAUAUUUCGAUUUUAGAUCUUAAUGUGUUUUAUUUGACUUAUCUAUCUAAAAAAGUUAAUGAAAAAGCCUUUUACUUAUUCUUACCAUACUGUGCUUGGUUAAGUUACGCUACAUAUUUAAAUGCAGGAGUUUGGUAUUUAAAUGGUGGUAAAGAUAAACUU